UCCAGUAGUGAGAGAAAGAAAAAAAAACUAGAGAGAGAAAGUGAUCGCCGGCGAGAUGAACAGCAAUCAGACAAUGAAAUUCGACGACGAGCAGUUAUCGGAGUUACGAGAGAUCUUCCGAUCCUUCGAUCAUGACAACGACGGAAGUCUCACACAAAUUGAACUAGGUUCGCUCUUACGAUCCCUAGGGUUAAAUCCAAACUCCGAUCAGAUCGAAUUCCUUAUUCAAAGAGCAGAUACAAACAGCAACGGCUUAAUCGAGUUUUCAGAAUUCGUAGCUCUUGUUGCGCCUGAGCUUCUUCCGGCGAAAUCGCCGUAUACGGAUGAUCAACUUCAGAAGUUAUUCAAGGUAUUUGAUCGUGAUGGAAAUGGAUUUAUAACUGCUGUUGAAUUAGCGCAUUCUAUGGCUAGAUUAGGUCAUGCACUUACAGGGGAUGAAUUAACUGGAAUGAUUAAGGAAGCUGAUACAGAUGGUGAUGGUCAGAUUAACUUUAAGGAGUUCUGUAAUGCGAUUAAUUUGGCUGCGUUUGAUAAUUCAUGGAUUUGAAUUGAAUUGAUCAGGUUAAUCUGAACUUUUUCUGGUUUAUGAAUCAAUUUUAUAUUGUUUUGAUUCUAGUGAAUAGAUAGGUAAAACUGAAUUUUGAGUAUAUUCAUAUCAUAUGAUCAAAUGUAUCUUUUUGAUGCUGUUGCAAAUUGGGAAUGUUGAUUUUCUUCUCUA